AUGGUUCCCAAUAAAGUUUUACGAUUAUUCAGCAAGGUAAUGAAUCUUUCUACAGUUUAUAUGCAUUUAAUAGAUAGCUCUAAACAAGAGAAUGCUAUAGACCAUUCAUAUAUACGAAAACCGUAUAAAGUAGAGUGGACAAAACAACAUGAAACAAAAGAAAGUAAUACGUAUAUAAGUCCUCGACCUCCAUUAAAAAUUGGUGACCUUGAUCCUUCAGCUAAUUGGAGAAGACACCAGAGUACACCACUCUUGGUUGAUCCAAGAAGAUUGGCUACAUAUGAUCAUAAACGAAAUAAUUCUGAUGGUGGUGAAUGGAAUUACCAUAAACAAACUCCGUCUGACAGAAAAGAUGAUGUGUAUUCGGAGAGAGAACAAUUUGCGAAUGAAGUCCUUAAAAAAAACAAACCUAAAAUUUACUAUCAACAAUCUGAACCAAUACUACCUAUUAAAAAUACAAAUGCAAAUGCAAAACCUAUAUUGAAUACAAAUGCAAAACCUAUAUUGAAUACAAAUACAAAACCUAUUGCGAAUUCGGAUGCUAAACCUAUUUUGAAUGCAAACAAGAAUGCUAAACUUAUCGAAAAUGCAAAUGAAAAGACUAUUAAGGAUUCUAACCCUAUUGUGGAUUCUAAACAUGCUUCUUAUUCGCAGAUUUCUAAACAUGCUUCUUAUUCGCAGAUUUCUCAUCAAUCAAAUUCAAUAUUGCAGGAUUCGAAAAAACCCAUUAAAUUCGGUUCAUGGUCAAGCGGCAAUGACGACAUAGAUAUGUUCAUCCUAGAAACUCAACUUUCUUCUCCAAGUCGAUUUGACUAUUUAGAGUGGAUACCCUUCGAUAGAUUUAAAGGUGUUCAAUUCAUUGGGUCAGGAGGAUAUGGAAAUGUUUAUCAAGCUAUUUGGCUUGAUGGUCCGCGUGAAAAAUGGGAUGACACAACUGCUCGAUAUGUUAGUAUUGCCAUAGGUCUUAUGCGCCUCCACAAAAAAGAUCUAAUCCAUCGUAAUUUACAUAGUGGCAACGUAUUUAUGACUUCAUCAAUGACUCUUUUGGGUGACAUAAAACUUCCCAUUCUAUUUAAGGACAAUUUACCCAUUAAUGAUGGUGUAUAUGGUGUUUUACCUUACAUGGCUCCCGAAAUAUUGCGAAAUCAACAGUUUACAAAAGAUUCUGAUAUUUAUAGCUUUGGAAUCAUAAUGUGGGAAUUGGCAUUUGGCAAAAAACCAUUUUCUAAUCGUGCUCAUAAUUUACAUCUUGCUACUGAUAUCUGCGAUGGUAUUCACCCAGAAUUCGAUUCCGAAAUUCCAGAAUAUUAUACUAGCCUCAUAAAACGUUGUCUGGAUCUUGAUCCAUUAGCACGUCCUGAUGCUGAACAACUUUAUAGGACUCUUGGUGAAUGGUUAUGCAUGAUAAAUGUUCCCGAUUCAGACAUUGCCAAACAAUUCAAUGAAGCUGGAGAGAAUCAAAACUUAUCCAAUUAUAAGCCGUCUUUGAAUGACAUUCAUCCGGAAGCUGUGUAUACUAGUAGAAGGUACAAAUUUGAAAGUCUUGAAUUGCCAAAUAUAAUAUUUACUAAGACCAAUGAGCGGAGAGAACGGUUGGCUGUGCGACAGUAUAUGGCAAAUGAAACUAAACUUUGUAACAUUAAAUUAGAGAUGAUCCGUGCGGAAAAUUCAGUCAUUGCUGCUGAAAUUUAUGAUAUAUUGCGAUAUUUGUGA